AUGCCACUCUCUAUUGAGAGUGCAGCCAAUGUUACUCAGCAUGGCUCCUCAAAGCUGCUUGGGGGCUUUCUGGAAAAUUAUUCAAGCUGGCAGAUUGCCAUCACGGCGUUUCUUUUCCUAAUUGUCUAUGAUCAGUUGUUAUACCUCAAGCAGAAGGGCUCUAUAGCUGGACCUACGUUCAAGAUCCCAAUCAUGGGGCCGUUUUUGCAAGCCAUCUACCCAAAGUUUGAUGCGUAUCUUGCUCAAUGGGCCAGCGGCCCCCUCAGCUGCGUAUCUGUAUUUCACAGGUUUGUUGUCCUAGCCUCAGACCGCGACCUGGCACACAAAGUCUUCAAAUCGCCCACAUUCGUUAGACCAUGCCUCGUUCCGAUGGCGAUAAACAUUAUGCGUCCGACCGCAUGGGUGUUCCUCAAUGGAAAGGCACAUGCCGAGUUCCGCAGAGGAUUAACUGGACUGUUUACAAACAAGGCUCUCAGCACCUAUCUACCUGUUCAGGAAAAGGUCUAUUCGGAUUACUUCAACAGAUUUGUCGAGCAUAGCAAGGCCAAUGGAGGAAAGCCUACGAAAUUCAUGGGAUGGUUCAGAGAGAUCAACUGCGCCCUAUCCUGCCGGACGUUCUUUGGAGACUACAUCUCCCAGGAGGCAGUCAAGAGAAUCGCAGACGAUUUCUACCUCAUCACCGAUGCUCUCGAGCUUGUCAACAUCCCACUCUCCAUCCAUGUCCCAUUCACCAAGUGCUGGCGAGGGAAGCGCACGGCGGAUAUUGUACUGGCCGAGUUUACAAAGUGCGCUGCUGCAUGCAAGGCCAACAUGGCCUCUGGAGCUCACCCUACAUGCAUCGUUGACCAGUGGGUUCAGCACAUGUUUGAGUCCAAGAAGUAUAAUGAGGACAUUGCCGCGGGUAAAGAGGGAAUCGAGAAGCCGACAAAUCUUAUCCGCGAAUUCUCAGACGAAGAGAUUGCUCAGACAUUGUUCACCUUUCUCUUUGCCUCUCAAGAUGCCUCUAGCAGUGCCACCACAUGGCUUUUCCAGAUUCUGGCUCAGAGGCCUGACGUUUUGGACCGUCUGCGAGCAGAGAAUCUGGCAGCAAGAGGCGGCGAUAGGAACAAACCGUUUGAGCUUGAGAUGUUUGAGUCGCUGACUUAUACCAAUGCUGUGGUGAAGGAACUUCUUCGCUAUCGCCCGCCAGUCAUCUUUGUACCUUACCUUGCCACGAAGGCGUUUCCGGUUACUCCCGACUACACCGUGCCUAAGAAUGCCAUGAUUAUCCCAUCUUGUUACCCGGCUCUCCACGACCCGGUAGCUUACCCGAAUCCCGAUACUUUUGAUCCCGAGCGGUGGAUCACAGGCGAUGCUGAGACUAAGACUAAGAACUGGCUUGUUUUUGGUGCUGGUGCACAUGAUUGUCUUGCUCGACGUUAUGUGCCACUCACCAUGGCGGCCAUGAUUGGCAAGGCUUCGUUGGAGCUUGAUUGGGUCCACCACGCGACACCUCGGUCGGAGGAGAUUCGAGUUUUCGCCACCCUGUUUCCUAUGGAUGAAUGCCCUCUCGUCUUUACAAAGCGGGAAUAA